AGUGAAACCCGCAUUGUCCAAUCAGCGGGGCCUGACGUCAGACUUGUAUCUUUUAAGAGAUAGUGUUGCAAUAUCGAGACAUCCAGCUUCUACUACAACGACGACAACAACACAACGAGAAACAUGGAGAAAAUACAUGAGCACAUUUGACGAAGGAGCGCAAAACAUGGCACAGACUUGCCGGAAAAUGAAGCGACAACACAUCGACGCUUAUCUGUCACUGACAAAUACGCGAAAUCUGUUGGUUUUCGACGAGGAAUACCAGAAUACGUGAGGAUUUUCUUUCUUAACAUUACCGCCACAAAUCCAAAGGGAGAGGAAAGAAGUGAAGAAAAAAAAUGGCUACGAUUGUCGGUCCCGGGAAAGGUUCUGAACGGACGGCCAUGGAGAGGUUCGGCAGCGGAGGGAUGGCGCUUCUGCCCUGGACUAAACAGAUGCUCACCGUGCUGUGGGAACAGCUUCGGCUGCUGGUCCAAGUCAUUUACUACACCUUCAUAUCAGUUUUCCAGAUGUUCAGGUUCGAGGUUCACGUGAGAAUCACAGACGAGACGGGUCAGCACAUCCAGCACAUGACCUCGGCGUCAAACCCGACCGAGUCCUUCCUCUUCUCCUCCCUGUUUGACGGAGACAACAGCGUGAUGGUCGGAGGUUCGAAUCCCCUUUCUAACUUCUGCGCCGACGUCGACACCUUCGCUGGGAAAUCCACCGCAGAGGCCCUGCUGUCCAGUCUGCGCGCUGACGACCUGUGCUGCGGACUAGUGGACGAUUUCGUGUCCAGAACCGGCAAAGAAGACGGCAUCUUUCUAGGACACCAAUCCAGCUGGAAAAUGGGCUUCCCCGGCGACUGGAACAUCUUUGUGUCAAGCGGAGACAGCUCCAGUUCCAGUGAUACCUGCCAUAAAAGCAGCGAGAGAGUGUUCAAGCAGAAGAUCUCGAAGGAGAACGUCUUCAAACAGGACACUUCGGAAGAGGACAGAAGCUCUCAGUGGAGUAGUGAGGAAGACCAGAACGUAGUGGAGUUUGAUAGUGAGGAAAGUAAGGCGCUUUGGGAGUCUCUGUCAAAAUCUAGUGAUCCCUACAACCCCUUCUUUUUCUCUGCGUGCAUUUCCACAAAUACCAACAUGGGGAAAAGUAAGCGUGAAGCGAAGGACGGCAGUGACACUGACAUCAUGUCAGUGAGCAAGGCGAGCGAGGAGAUGUUGGGGCCUCGAGGCCUCAACAUCUGGGUCAGUCGCUCUGACAGUGAGAGUAGUUGGAGCAGCUGGGCCAGUUCUGAUGGUUCGAGCCCCGACAUUGACGAGGAGAGCGAGAGACUCUUGGAGUUUUUCAGCAGUCCUGACCCCUACAAUCCCAUGUGUUUCACUGCGUGCACAGUCACCGCCACCACCACAGUCUCUAAGCAACAGGCCCCACUUCCUGCACCUCCCUCCAAGUCAGACACAGACACAGAGGACAAAGAGAGCAGCUUUCCUCCUUCAUCUGAGGACGAUGAAGAAGAGCAGCUGUGGGAAUCUCUCUGCCAAAAGGACGACCCGUACCACCCUCUCAACUUUCAGGCCUGCCUCCAGAGCUCCCCAACAACAACAGCCCUGCAGUCUGGAGAGGAUCCAGAUGCCCUUGAUGCCCACCACACAAAACGUCCACCCACAAAGGGAAGGAGACGUGAAAAAGCAGCAAAAACACCCAAAAAAUCAACCAAGCCUUCUCUUCCAGAGAGACAUUCAAAGCAUGACUCGCAUCCAGACAAAACACUGGUGCCCUGGAAAAGACCUGGACAAACACCUCAGUCACAGCCGGAGGAGAAGAAGGAAAGCACGGCCGGCAGCACCCAGAAAAAGGUGCGAUUUUCUCCUCUUGUCCAAGUCCACGUCAUGCGGACCUGGCCAUUCGCUCGCCGCGCAUCUCGUAAAGGACACUGGGAAGAAAUGGUGCGAGACCGGGACCGCUUCCGGAGGCGGAUCCAGGAAACAGAGCAGGCCAUCUGCCACUGUUUCACCCAGGAACACAGAGAGAGGAUCCGGGCGUAUCUGGACGGUGCCUUUUGAAAUCAAUAAAAGUUUUGGACACUGAAUGUUUAAUUUCCUUUUCGGAUGAGAACUCGUGAUUGGUUGCAAUGCAACAGUGAUUUUUUGAUUUUAGGCCAAUUAGAAAUUUGAUGUUAGGCCAACUUUAAUGUUCGGUGUCAAGUUGAACAACCUUGUACCUCAAAAGGUUUUAUACAUUGUGUGACUGUUGCACUGACUGACACUUUCUCAUAUUAACCUCAGCAUUAAUGCGUGGAAUGUUGUUUUUGUAUGCCUUAUAUAUUGAUGACCUAGUAAUGUAAUUUAUUUAUGCCCUAUGGAGCUUGUCUUUUUACAUUUGACCUCUUUGUUUUGAGUUUUUGUGUUUUUCUAAGUGUGGAUCUAGAAGUUAAAAGUAGAUACUGAUGCUUUGUAAGAAAGCGGAGCUUUACAGUACAAAGUGUUUUGAAAAGUUUUGUUAGCAUGAUGGAUACAUAUAAAGUUCUGGUGCAACGUUUGUCUGAUCUGAUGUUUUACUUCUUGCUGUUUCAGUUGUAUGUAUUUUAUCAUUUGAUGGCACAUUAAGCAGCCUUUCAACACAGAGCGCGCAGCGGGACGUCUUAUUUAUUGUGUCGAAAGGAAAAGAUUCAAACACUGUCCGAUGUGACUCCCUCAGCCUCUGAUGGUAACAUCCUGUAGCCAAAAGAAACUUGUCGUUAGGUGCUUUGUUAAAUCAAUAAAAUUUGUCACAAGA